UUACUUUCAUUUAAGAUAGGAAGAAUCUGUCCUUACAUCACAAUCAAAAAGUUUCUUGCAUGUGGUCAUUUUCUUCCCAUAGUUCGGAAACUCUUCCUCAUUGACAGGGAACACCCAUUAUAUGUCUACAUGUAACCUUAAAGUAGUCUUGAAACUGUCUUUUGGAGUGUGUGUAUAAACAUUACACAGGGUAAAAUUUCACAUGUGAAUGGAUGACUUAUUAUUUUAGCAGUGCUGACUAGUUUCCGUUGCUUUUAAAGUGUCAUAUAGUUAAGAAAUACCUUAAGAAAUACCAACCUAUCUCAGGAUUCUGAAAUAAAAGAAUGUUCAUUUUACUGGUUGUGAAAGUCAUCCAGAUUUCUGGGAACCAGGCGUAUGAACAUUUCAACAGGAUUUUGCUAUCAGCAAAUCUGUUUUGGUUUCCUGUUCUGGCCUCCCUACCUAUCAGCUACAUUAGUGCCCUCGCCAUUACGGUUCUCCUUUCUUUUACCACAGGAAAAUUGUCAGGCCUCUUUCUCUAGCAUUUCGGGACCCGCCUGACAGGAAAUUUUCUAAUUGCCGGAACAGCUGGUAGGGGAAAACUUUGCAGGGGCUUGGCCUUCCCUUUCUAACUUAAGUUUUACCGUCAGAAAUUCUUUUAUCACCAUCAUGGUUUCGUAGCCAUGUUUAAAUUUCUGUCUUUUCGUGUUCGCUCUAUACAGGAAGAAGGCAGUAUCAAAGAAAUUGCAAUCACACAUCAUGUAAAGGAAGGACAUGAAAAGGCAGAUCCUUCCCAAUUUGAACUUUUAAAAGUAUUAGGGCAGGGAUCAUUUGGAAAGGUUUUCUUAGUCAAAAAAAUCUCAGGCUCUGAUGCUAGACAGCUUUACGCCAUGAAAGUACUGAAGAAGGCCACACUGAAAGUUCGAGACCGUGUUCGGACAAAAAUGGAGCGUGAUAUCUUGGUAGAAGUUAACCAUCCUUUUAUCGUCAAGUUGCAUUAUGCUUUUCAAACUGAAGGGAAGUUGUAUCUUAUAUUGGAUUUUCUCAGGGGAGGAGAUUUGUUUACACGCUUAUCCAAAGAGGUGAUGUUCACAGAAGAAGAUGUCAAAUUCUACUUGGCUGAACUUGCACUUGCUUUAGACCAUCUACACAGCCUGGGAAUAAUCUAUAGAGACUUAAAACCAGAAAACAUUCUUCUUGAUGAAGAAGGUCAUAUCAAGUUAACAGACUUUGGCCUAAGUAAAGAGUCUAUUGACCAUGAAAAGAAAGCAUAUUCUUUUUGUGGAACUGUGGAAUACAUGGCUCCAGAAGUAGUUAAUCGUCGAGGUCAUACUCAGAGUGCAGACUGGUGGUCUUUCGGUGUGUUAAUGUUUGAGAUGCUCACUGGUACACUACCUUUCCAAGGAAAAGAUCGAAAAGAAACAAUGACUAUGAUUCUUAAAGCCAAACUUGGGAUGCCACAGUUUUUGAGCCCAGAAGCCCAGAGUCUUUUACGAAUGCUUUUCAAACGAAAUCCUGCAAACAGAUUAGGUGCAGGACCAGAUGGAGUUGAAGAAAUUAAAAGACAUUCAUUUUUCUCAACUAUAGACUGGAAUAAACUGUAUAGAAGAGAAAUUCAUCCACCUUUUAAACCUGCAACUGGCAGGCCUGAAGAUACUUUCUAUUUUGAUCCUGAGUUUACUGCAAAAACUCCCAAAGAUUCACCUGGCAUUCCACCUAGUGCUAAUGCACAUCAGCUUUUUCGAGGGUUUAGUUUUGUUGCUAUUACCUCAGAUGAUGAAAGCCAAGCUAUGCAGACAGUUGGUGUGCAUUCAAUUGUUCAGCAGUUGCACAGGAACAGUAUCCAGUUUACUGAUGGGUAUGAAGUAAAAGAAGAUAUUGGAGUUGGCUCCUACUCUGUUUGCAAGAGAUGUAUACAUAAAGCCACAAACAUGGAGUUUGCAGUGAAGAUUAUUGAUAAAAGCAAGAGAGACCCUACAGAAGAAAUUGAAAUUCUUCUUCGUUAUGGACAGCAUCCAAACAUUAUUACUCUAAAGGAUGUAUAUGAUGAUGGAAAAUAUGUGUAUGUAGUGACAGAACUUAUGAAAGGGGGUGAAUUGCUGGAUAAAAUUCUUAGGCAGAAAUUUUUCUCUGAACGAGAGGCCAGUGCUGUCCUGUUUACUAUUACCAAAACUGUUGAAUAUCUUCAUGCACAAGGGGUGGUUCACAGAGACUUGAAACCUAGCAACAUUCUUUAUGUGGAUGAAUCGGGCAAUCCAGAAUCUAUUCGCAUUUGUGAUUUUGGCUUUGCUAAACAACUAAGAGCAGAAAAUGGUCUUCUCAUGACUCCUUGUUAUACGGCAAAUUUUGUUGCACCAGAGGUUUUAAAACGACAAGGCUAUGAUGCUGCUUGUGACAUAUGGAGUCUUGGUGUCCUCCUCUACACAAUGCUUACUGGUUACACUCCAUUUGCAAAUGGCCCUGAUGAUACACCAGAGGAAAUACUGGCUCGAAUAGGCAGUGGAAAAUUCUCACUCAGUGGUGGCUACUGGAAUUCUGUUUCAGACACAGCAAAGGACCUGGUGUCAAAGAUGCUUCAUGUGGACCCUCACCAGAGACUGACCGCUGCCCUUGUGCUCAGACAUCCUUGGAUUGUCCACUGGGACCAACUGCCGCAAUACCAACUCAACAGACAGGAUGCACCACAUCUGGUCAAGGGUGCCAUGGCAGCUACAUACUCUGCUUUAAACCGUAAUCAGUCACCAGUUUUGGAACCAGUAGGCCGCUCUACUCUUGCUCAGCGGAGAGGUAUUAAAAAAAUCACCUCUACAGCCCUGUGAAGUGACCUCAGUGAGAUAUUUGGUACCAUGGUGUAAGUUGAUAGCACAAGUUCUGGUGACAGGUAGCACAUAUCUGAGAGGCACCUGCAAGCACACACUGUCCCAGCUGGUACCCAUAAUGCUGCUGCUCCUGCUGCUGCUCCCGCUUUUGUCUCUUCUCGCUUUAAAUGAUUGUUAGCAAGUUAGAUUUUCCUGGAGCUUCGGAUGAAAUGAAAAUGGAAACAUGAUGAAGAUAUAUUCACUGAAUCAACAAGAAUAAUAAUGAACACAUGAAUACCACCUAAAAAUACACUGAAUAAAGUACUCUACACCACAUAGCAUUAUUUUUAUAGGAAAUAUUUCAUGUCCCUUAAAUAUUCUUCGUUAGUUAUAGGGAUGGACAGUUUAUGUUAAGCACUUAGCUUAAACAAUCCGUUUCUAUUAGCACUGUAUCCCUUGUGCCAUCCAACAUUUUGUAUGUUUUUGUAAACAGUUCAUAUACAGUACAUUUCUGUACUGCUUUCUUUAACGUAUACAUGCCUUGUUUAACUUGGAAUCUAUUAUUAAUCAAUUGACUAUUAAAUCUGGUUAAAUAGUUCACCUGGAUUAACAGUAUUGUUGGACAGCCCUCAAAAUGGCCAGAUUGUAGAACAGCCUUUGAAUGUAAUACUUCCAAAAUGUACAUAUCUUUCCCCAUGUCUGUUUCACUGGUUCAUUUGUUUGUUUGUUUCUUAAAGUCAGGUGCUCUGUCAGGCUAACCUAGAGAGCUUUUGUGAUAGAGAAAGUUACUGUGUGUGUGUGUGUGUGUGUGUGUAUGUGUGUGGUAUGACAGACAUCAAGAGUACACCUAUGAAGUUAGUCCGUAUACUUUGCAAAAUCCUUAGGGUCUUUUUUCCUUAAUUAAGGAAGUAGUUCUUACAUUUUUUAUCUUAAAUCGUCUCCAUACUUAGAAUUUGGCAUACAUUUGGGAUUUUUCCCAAUAUACAUCAAAGACCUUUAAAAGGCAUGGUGAAGAGAUGGCAAAGGAAAAUUUAGCAACAGGUCAUUGAAAUCCCAUUGGACUUUUCGUGUUUAAAUAGAUCAAAUUGCAGAAUUUAGCUUAUGAAUAACAGGAUACUGUUCUUAUAUACCUGCAGGAAAAGUAUGCUUUUUGGGGGGGGGGGAGAAAAAGAUAAAUCAUAAUGAAUUAUAUCCCAUUAAGAUGCUCUACAUUAAACACUAAUUUGAAUGUAAUAAAGGCCAUGGGCCUCUCUAUGAAAUUUGGACUUAAACUUUCUUAUUCUAGGGAAUAAAACAUUCUGGAUCAAAUAUUAUCUGUUCUAACCUUAAAUCAUAGCUGAGGUAGACUAAGUGAAUGUUUAGCAUUGAGUGUUUUCUGAAUUCCUCCUGAUGAUUUAUAGCCAUAUAAUGCUUUCUUUUCUUUUUUAAAAAAUUUUUAUUGGAGUAUAGUUGAUUUACAGUAUUGUGUUAGUUUCAUAUAAUGCUGUCUUUAAUUUCAGAAAUGAUCAGUUUUCACAAUGGGCACUGUAUCUGCUUAUUCAUUAUCUACAUCAAAUUUGGUAGUUUCCACAAUUUCAUUAAAGAAACGUCUGCAUCCAUUAUUACCUGUAUCUUUGCCAAGCUACCUAGCAUACAUCAGUAUGUAAUACAAUAAACAUACGAGCAAGGAAAAGGUGUUUUAACUUAUCUCGUCGAGAAUGUGCCCGAACAGAUCUUUCCUAGUCAUGUACUAAGCCAUUUACAUCAGAAAUCUCUUUUCCUGCCAGAAGCUUUAAAUCUUCCCCCUGAGAGUACAAAGCCAAGAAAGCAUGGUUUAUCUAAAUGUCUUGGAAGCCACUUGUUAUUCCUUAACUUCUCCUCUGUGUAAUUCAAGAGAAAGAGAAAAGUGAUCAUGCCAUUUGCCCAGGUGACACAAAAUGAUUAUUGCCUAGAAAUCAAAUAUAAAUUUAUCUUCUAAAUAAAAAAAUACAUAAGAGGAAGGAUUUCAAAAAAUCUAGAUGGAGAAAGUUUUAAAAUAUUCUUGAGUAUAUGGAUGCUAACGAUUAACACCUGCUUUCCAUUGCCUGGAAAUAAAGGUUUGUUUUUUUUUUUUUUCUUCUCCUCUAUUAAGUGUUUCAAACCAGAAAAGUGGAGUCACUCAGUCGUGUCCCGACUCUUUGUGACCCCAUGGACUGUAGCCCACCAGGCUCCUCAGUCCAUGGAAUUUUCCAGGCAAGAGUACUGGAGUGGGUUGCCAUUUCCAGUCAUCCCAAAUUCUUGUCACUUACGUAAUUCUAGGCAGAAAAUAGAUCUUUUCAGAUUUUUGACACUGAUGCUAUUUCAUAAGUGCUUAGGUGUAUUGUUAAUUGUAGUCUUUUAAAACCAGAAGUAAAUGUGUAAAUCCUUAUAAAUUGUCUAGUCCAGCUUUCUCAUAUUGCAUGUAAAGAACCUGAGACCCAGAGCAAAGACUAGAAUCCUUAACUUCCCAUUCAGUUUCUUUCCCUCAUAACACCGUGCUGCCUUCCCCUCAUAUUAUCACACGACCAUGUGCUGAGUUGUUCAAAAACUAUAGUUCUUGGAGCAGUCCUCUGCUGGUACAUGAAUGCCUUCUUUGCCUUCUCUGCCUAGAAGAGCUGCCAGUUUUAUUGGAGAUAACUGGUUAUAUGUUCACAAAACUGAAGGCCUUCUGCCUAAAAAGCAGUUCAUACUUUAUUUCAUCUGUGAUUCUGGUGUUCCUAUUGCCUUUGACUUAGAGCAGACAAACUUGGCCAACAAUGUGCUCUAAAUGUAGUGCCUCUGCUGGGAUAACCUUUCCAUUAAUUUCUUCAAGUCCAGUUUGUCUUGGGCCCUACAAUUGGAGUGAGGCCCUUUCCCAUUAGUGCUGCUGGUUACCUCCCAGGAGGUUUUAGUUCAGUCUGAAGGAUAUUUCAGUAUGAAAGAAGGAACUAAACUAACAGGCCACUUUCACAAACCUCCUCUUAGCUUAUAAUCCAAAAUAAUAUCCAGAAUGGUAGGUUGAAUUUAACAUUACCAAGCACAUACUGGAAAAUCUGGAUUACACUGUACCAUGUGUUUUCUAUCUUCCCUUUCAAGCGAUGAUGCUAAAUUAAGGUAAGUUUUUUGCCCUCUGAACUUUUUGUAUAAGUAAAUAAUUUUCAGUUCCUAAUUCAUAGACAUGUCUUCUUUCUAAGUACAAUAGACUCUUCACUUUAGCAGAUUUGAUAUAGAUUCAUUUAUUUGCAAGCAACCCCAAAAGUCCAAAAAUAUAAUAAUUUUGACAAGGCACAAAGUUGGGAUGCUGUGAGGCUGGAGACUGACAUGUGGGAAAAGUCACUUGGUGAGUGUCUGGAGAGGGUGUGGUGUGUAUGCAGUAGAGAUUCCGCGUUUCACACACAGUGGGCUACAAGGAGCUGGUUUGGGUCAACCUUUUCCCAACUAUUUUUAAGAAAUGGUUACUGUUGGGACAAGAGAACAUCAUGGGAAGUGGGGCUAGUCUGUCAGCUGUACCUUGUACCCUCAGCUCAGGAAAGGCUUCAUGAUUGGGCACAAUGGGUUGGGUAGGAAAAGCACUAGGGUACAUCCAGCCUCAGGUGACAGCAGAAAAGCAUUCACGAUUUGGGGGCUUAGUACAAAUGUGCAUCACCACAAAAGCCAGCAGUACACACUUCAACAUGGCUGUAAUUUUUCUCAACUUCCUGGCCUUUAUACAUGAGCUGAAAAUUUUCAGGUUGCUUGACUAUAUUUUAUAGAGAAAAUUCUCUCUUAUGGUGGUAUCGAGCAUUUGAAAUUUACAAAGGCAUUAGGACAGAUAUCUCAGGAAUGUAAAUGGUCAGAAAAGGUCUGCUUUCUGUGAUAAACAAAUACGAUGAGUUCCAUAGCUGACCUUGGUGCUUAAACCAGGGGGUUCCAACUAGUCCUAGAGCUUCUGUCCACUUCCAUGUGACUAACAAACUGGAUGUAUACUUUGAGCCUUAUUUAAUUCACAGAUAAGUUGACUUAACUCAGCAUUUUUAUUUCAAUUAAUGAAAACAGCCCUCUCUUCACCUCCAGAUUGCUUACAUUUUGCUGGUCUCCCCAAGUGACCAUUAGUGGAGACCAAUUAAUGAAGGAAUGAAAUUUGCUGUUUUUUUUUUUUUUCAAUUUGCUUUCUUGGGACUGUGGUGUUCUGCAGAGCCAUGCUUAACCACUUUUUCUAGUGAAGAGUCUACAGAAUGAUAAUAACUAAAUAUGGAUGGCCAAGAAGAUUUUGUAUCUACAGUGCGCUUUAUAUAUUUUUGACACUGCUGUAUUUUGUGUGAUCGAAUGACCUGUAACUGGUUCCAGUGUGACUGAGUGUUCUCAAUGAAUUCUAGUAGCAAAGUCAACUUAAUUUUCUUAAGCCUUGUAUUACUAUCUGUCUCACAUUUACCACUUUGAUUCCAGUCUUUUAACUGUUCAUAACAGGGCAUACCAAGGGUUGGGAUGAGAGCCUACUUCCUACCUCUAAAGGCACUUUCCUCAUUAUUUUGCCAUAUAACCUUGAAGUGCAUGAUAAGCUGUUUAAAUGUCCAUGACUUCUCCCAGAGCAACUAGCAAAGUAUAUGACAUUGAAUAGAGAUUAGUGGAAAGGAAAAUUUUUAGAGACUAAACAGAGGUGUAAACCUCAAGAAAACCUCUUUAGAGCACAUACCAUUGGAGUACAAUGUAUGUAAAUGUAUGUGAGAAGAGAGUUGCUAUAAUAGUCCUCUCUAAGUAGAUUAGUUCAAUAUCUAAUGGAAGUGAAAAUCUUUACUCCUAUUAUCACUAUAGUACUGAGUGAACUGUAUACUGAGUUUUUCAAACAAGUACUUAAAGUAGAACUUUUAAAUAUAAAGCAAGGGCAUAAGGACAAAGGUUUUGGUUUGCGUUUCUCUAAGUGUAGUUUACCAUCUAAGGCUUUCUUUUUUAAUUUAAAAAAAAAAAGCUUCAAGGUAUUGCCAUUCCUUAGCAUCCUUAAUAAUUAUGGGUGAUGAGUUUUUAACUCUUAAGAUUAUAUACCUGUAUUACGUUUAUCUUAAUUCUUACCCUAAGCAAAAGGGAAGGUAUACACCUAAGGGAUGUAAUUAUUUUGCAUUUUUGGCCAUGGGUGGGAAAGGGGUGGGUAUCUACUUAAACAGUUUUUAAAAAAGAAAAAAGUCACAAAUAUUUUUCUACUCUUAUAUAUGAUUUUACUUUAUACUAGUUUCUCUCUAGUAAGGCAUGCCAGAAGCCCAUGACACCAUAUCAUGAGUUUAUAUGUAUUGUACCUUUUAUUGGUGGUUAAAUCUCAUCAGAUGCUUGGCACUGCUGCCAUGAUUAUGAAAUGCUUGUAAAGGAUUAAAUAUCACUGAGUAUUUUAAAUUGUUUUACUUAAGAGUCUAAUCUGGGAAGUUUUCAAAUCAUACUAUUAAUGUAUAAUCUAAGCUCUUUCAGAUGUAUCCACGAAUAAUCCUGGAACAAUAUUGCUUGUAUUCCUGUCACAGAACAGGUUUUGUAAUCUUUAAAAGAAAUGAAAAUUUAUAUAAUAAAGUUUCAAAUAAAUGCA